AUGCCGUUCACAACCCCAUCUUACAUCCCCAAACUGCCUUUCGACCUUCCAGACUCGGUACCUAUCCAUGAGUUCCUCUUCAGCGAUGGGUACAAGUACGGUCGAUAUCCGAUUAUAGAUUCUCGCCCACCCUUCACCUGCGGCAUCACCGGAAAGUCGCAUUCCGCUACUGAAGUGAAGAAUCGUAUAGAAUGGCUUUCAGCUGCGCUCGCAUCGGAAUUGGGCUUUGAGGUUAAUGGUGGGAGCGAGUUUGACAAGGUCAUAGGGCUGUUCAGCGUCAAUACAAUUGAUACCAUGACCGUCUCGUGGGCGGCCCAUCGCUUCUCGGGAGUGUCGUCGCCCAUCAGCCCUUCGUAUUCCGCUACCGAACUCACAAGACAGCUCAAGGCAGUUAAAUGCAAGGCUCUCUUCACAUGUGCGACCCUUCUCUCUACGGCCCUUGCAGCGGCGUCUGCGGCGGGUAUCCCAAAGACGCACGUAUAUCUGAUGGAAAUCCCGGAGAAGGCACUGAAGGGCUCCAUAGUUCCGACCAAUAUCAAGUCGGUCGACCAACUAAUUGCCGAGGGAAGGAAACUCGCUCCUCUGCCGGAACUGAAGUGGGCACAGGGUCAAGGUGCCCGUCAAACUGCAUUUUUAUGUUCCUCCAGUGGGACAUCUGGACUACCGAAAAAUGUCAUGAUCUCUCACAAAAACAUUAUCGCCAACACUCUACAGAUGAGCACAUAUGAAUCCAACUACAAGAGCGGAAAGCCAGAGUCGCUCCUAGCUGUGCUUCCCAUGAGCCACAGUUACGCUUUGAUCGUCACUGGACACUCUGGCGUAUAUCGAGGCUACAAUGCAGUCGUACUUCCGGGAUUUGAUCUUGUUGACGUCUUGGAGGCCGUGCAGAAGCAGUCUAUAGAGACGCUAUGGAUGGUCCCUCCUAUGAUCGUUGCUUUGAUCAAGAACUCGGCCAUCACCGCCAGAUACAGCCUCGACCAUGUCAAGACAACCAUAGUUGGUGCCUCCAACCUCACAAAAGACGUCAAUGAACAAUUUUCCCGCCUUUUCCCCAAUUGCCAGCUUAUCCAAGGAUAUGGCCUCACGGAGACUUCGGUCGUUGUAUCUAUGCAAAACAAGAGAGACAUCAUGUUUGGCUCCUGCGGCCAUAUUUUCCCAGGAUAUGAAGGUCGACUAAUAAGCCGCGAUGGCGAAGAGGUGACCGAGCUGGGCACUCCUGGAGAACUUCUUUUACGGUCGCCGACAGUAAUGUUAGGGUAUCUUGAUAAUGAGAAAGCGACGAAGGAGACGUUUACAGAAGAUGGGUGGCUACGAACAGGCGAUUUAAUGGAAUUUCGCAAGAGUGAUGACGGGCACGAGCAUCUUUUCAUUGUCGAUCGAGUCAAGGAAUUGAUCAAGGUUAGGGGCCUGCAGAUUUCUCCAACAGAAAUCGAAGCUCUUUUGUCACGUCACCCUUGCGUCGCAGAUGUUUGCGUCGUUCCAAUUCCAGACGAUUCUGCGGGCGAACUGCCACUCGCCUUCAUCGUGCCAUCACCUACCGGUAAGGCUGAAGACGAGCGCGUCCUUAAGCAAAAGAUCCACGCGUUUGUCGAUAGUGAGCUAUCGGAGUAUAAGCGCCUAGCUGGAGGAAUCGAGUUCCUUGAAGCGCUGCCUAAAUCAGCCAGUGGCAAGACGAAGCGAGGCGAGAUGAAGGAGCGGGCAAAGAAAAUAUCUGAGACAGAGGAUAGCGAGGAUGAUGAGUGA